AUGACAAGAUGUACUAAGAGUGAAGUUAAUCUUAAAAGCACUGCAUACAACCAAAAUGGACAAAACUAUUUUGAACAAUUAACAGCAUAUAAUUCUAUGAGCGCGCACUUACGACGAAUUUUAUUAGCGAAAUGUGUCGUUGAUGCUAGAAAUAAAACCUACAUGCGCAAAAAAAAGCAAAUAUGUAAAGAAAUAGUUUGGAAACCAAGAUUUGCAAAAACAGAGAUUACAAAUAAUAUAAUUGAUAAAUUGGCAUAUGAUACUUCGUAUCAUCCAGUGGAUUUUUUAAAAAUGAAUUGUGACUUAAACUAUUUCUGUCAAUGUGAAACUCACAAAUUGUUUACUACUUGUUACAAUUAUGAUGUGAUUUGUUCGCGGCCAAAAUUGCACGAUCAUGUAGUUUGUCCAAAUUUUCCAAUGUCUAAAACAAACGAUUCAGAGCAAGCAAUAUUAAAUAGUAAAGAUAUAGAGCAACAAUCAGAUACUCAAUCAAUUGCUAAUCAUAAAAAGCUGUUUAAUCCUUCGAGUGUAAAAACUACAUUCAAAAUUCAAAAUAGACACGAAGGAAAUUCGAUAUUUUAUGAAUCUGGUUCCGAUUUUUUAUCACAAAACAAUCAGCUUUCGUCAGAAGUUAGCACGUCAAGAAGUAGCAGAAAUUAUGAAACAACACAAGGCCGCAGUAAUUUGGUUGAUAAUCAGAAAUUACACAUAAUAGACGAAGAAGCGAAAUAUGCAAAAUUUAUGUACGAAAUUACACACGAAAUAGUACUCAAUGGUCUGUACACUGAUGAAGAAUUGCAAGAAGUAUUCAAAAAACACAUUGAAAAAAACAAAACAGUUCUAGAUAUGAAUCGAAUGAUGUAUGAAAUUUAUCAAUUAAAACUUACUUUAAAUAUAACAAAUAAUUCAGAGGAUGAAGAAUUAGAAGAUCUUGUGUAUAUUCAGCAGUUACGAAUUUCUAAUUUUCGACCACCGACACCACCAAAAGUUUUAAAUGAAGAUAAAAUAACUGAAAAAUUAUCAUCGUACAAAAAACUAGACGAAAUAAAGCGCGAUUCGUUAAGGAAAAAUCAUAAAUCGGUUGUAUUAAUUGAUGCUAAUCCCGAAUUACGUGUAACAGAAAGGGAUGUUCUAACAUCGUUAAUAGAAGCUGAUAUUAAUCCUGAGCAAGCAGAAAAAAUUUAUAGAAAACUUUCUUAUAGAAGCAAAGAUAUUAUUUCAUUGGAUGAUACGAAAAUAGACGGAAUAAGCGAUGAAUAUGAAGCGAAAGAAAAUGAUCGGUUAAACUUCAAUUCAACAGAAUCAUAUAAUGUACACAAAGCAGAUGAAAGAAAAGUAAGUUCUAUAACUGAUAACGCACAAGUGUAA